AUGUCCAGUGGUGUGGAUUGGAGUGCUGAUACCAGGAGCCAGAAAUCCUCAAUCUCUCAAUUUAUUCUGGAGCUGGUGCUGACGCUGUACAACGAACUGGGCUUCCACGGCAGCGUCGAAUCCCCUUUCGUGAGUCAGAAGAAGCGGAAGAUAGCCGUGAGCUGGGCGUGCGCUCUGGGCCACAAAGACUGCCUACAUCGCGCGAGAAAGUUCUAUAGGCAGUGGAUGUUAGACCCCGCGCAUGCCAGGAAAACGGCACCUAGCCUGAGGCCCAUAGUUCUCUGCCACGGCAUCGCUGAGGGAGGCGAAGCCGAGUGGAACUUCGCGUGGAACAGGUACCUGAACGAGACAGAUCAGGCCGAGAUAUAUCUGCUCUUGUCCAUCAUGGCUUGCAGCAAAGACGCCGAAAUACUGAGGAGGUACCUGGAGAUGGCUGUUGAUCCCGAAACCGACGUCAAGACGAUCGACCUGACGACUGUGUUCAUCAGCGUCGGGCAGAACGAGCUGGGUCGCCGUCUAGUUUGGAAUUACUUCACGGAGCACUGGAAUGACCUCUUCUCCCCCUGGAAGGUUUUGAGAGGAGAGGUGUUGACGCGGUUGACAUACUUCUUCAGUACGAGGCGGGAACUGGGGGAUAUGGAGCUGUUCCUGAACAACGAGAAAACAGACAAAACGGACAUCGAGUUGCAAGUACGACAUGCGCUGAAGAGGGCAAGACACAACCUGGCGUGGAUGGAGGCCAACUAUGGCGUUAUAACGAGAUGGCUGGAGGAGAACGGCUACUCCUCCAAAUCGCUCUGA